AUGGCCAUUUGGCCCUUCCGCCGGAGAAGCGGUCGCAAACGCCCACGAAGCGGUGCAAACCUGUCGGAUGUUGAGGGACCGCCGCCGCAUCAAUCGUCAGGUUUCAACACAGGUGAAUAUGAGGCCACUUUCGCCACGGCGAGGGGGGCGGCUACGCCGAAGAAGCAGCGUCUCGAAAAGCACCAUCCCUCGACCAGCGGGCUGGCCAGGGGAGAACGAACGUACAGCUUCUCCCCCGGUCGCAAUGACUCCAUCCGUGUCGCGGGGCAAAAGGGCUCGGUUCCACCGGGACCUGGCCGGUUGACAGGGCCCUUCCCAGCCGACCAAAAUGACGGAGAAGAAAAAGGGGAUCCCGCAUGGAAGCGGGCGCCAACCCUACAUAAUGCACGCCACGCCCAGCAACAGUCGAAGCUCUUCCGCCGGAAGACAAGCAAGAGGAGGAAAAUCGAGACGGACCGUGAGGCGGAAAUCAAGGCCAUGACAAACUUGGGCCCGGUACGGCCAGCGGCCGACCCUCGGACAUCAGGGCGGCCCAUCAGGAAGCAGAGCAAAAGACUCAAGACCGGCCUCGGCUUCCGCAGGAGCUUCGAAGACCCGCACUCGGAUGUAUCGCUACCCAUGUCGAUUCACUCGAGUAUGUCGUCCGAGACCGAGCUGCACUCCUUUCGGGUGUCCGCCCUCGAGGCACUAGCACCUCGACCGACUCUGCGAUUCGCCGUCCAGCCACGAUGGGAGCCCAGCAGCAGUUGGGCGGCCUCACACGCACAACAACACCAACAACAACCGAAGAGAAAGCUAUCAGAGAGAGUCCCCGAAUCAGUAGUGAGAGCGCGCAAGAGAGUCGACAGUUUCGCCGACGACUUGGACGCCGCUGAUUUGAGGGAGUUGAUGGAAAGGGAUAACAGGAGGAGAGAGAGAAAGCGGCAGAGAGACCAGGAGCGGAUGGAACGUCGGCUGGCGCGGCGGGCCGACAUGCAGCGCGAGAUGGAGGCCGAAGCCAGGCGCAGCGGCUCGCCGCCGCCAGUCAACCUGGAGCGCGGCGUCAUGGGUCGCGAAGUCGGACUGGGCAUCGACGCACCGUCGGCGGUGGUGACGUCCUCGCGGAAGCGCUCAUGGAGCUCAUCCCACCGCUCGCAAAGGAUAUCGACGACGACGACGACGACGACGCCGCACGAACCCGAGCCGCACCCGGACGCCAUGGACGUCGAGCCGGCGGAACCGGAGCCCGUCCACCACUUCCACCGAACGACGAGCAUCCCCCCGGAAGCGCCGCCGUCGCCAACGGUGCCCACGCAACCGGUCCCGCAGCGCAAGACCAGCACAAAGCUCACCCCGAAGCGCAGCAUACGAUUGAGGCGGAGUUUCCUACGCAAGAUGUCGAGGUCGAGGUCGCCCAACGCAACGGAAUCGGACCAGCACGCAGUCUCUCAGUACUCGUCCAGACAGGACGACGGCGAGACCCCGCGGAAGACGUCCGAGUCCGGCAGCCGUACUCGCAUCUUCUCGGCCCUCUUUCGGCUCGGCAAGAGGAGCAGGAGGAACUCGGGGCCGUCGUCGUUUUCGAACACGUCGCGCGAAGAGAUGCAGGCGGCAGCUGCGGCCCAGGCACCGAUGCUUACGCAGAUGCGACAGCAGCAACAGCAGCAACAACAAGAAGAAUCACAGGCACAGGCGCCCACGCGAACGAUACCGCCACCUGCGAACUACAUUCCUCGCAAGGUCAGCAACGGCGUCCCGAAGAGGACCAGAUCCCGCUUCAGGGAAGAUUUACCCGAGCUCCCCCUCAGCCCCCCCGACUCACGCGUGGGGUCGCCGGAAGUGGAAGAGCCCCUGCCCGUUGUCUCAGAGUCGGGCUCGGGAGACCACCACGCCGUUGUUGAGGAGGCGCCCGUGGUGAGGCACGACACUCCCACAUCGGAUCUCCGACGCGUCGACGACAAGAUGGAGAGGCUCGAGAAGAUGAGGCAGACGCCGACGUCGAUGCGGCACAGCAUCCAGCCCUCGCCCGAGCCCGUCUCCCUCGCGUCCAUCGACUCGGAGGGUUCGUGGCUCUCGGGCCGCGUCGGCGCCCGCCGUUCCUCGGGUCUGUUGCGCGGCAGGGUCCCGCCGCGGAUCCUCACGCGCACGCCCUCGCCCGACGGCACCGAGGAGGAGCUAGCCGACGACGAGUACCUCUCCAACCUCGCCACGCCCUCGCGCGGCGCGGCCCACGAUGAGGACGAGGACGAGCGCACGCCGCGCAAGUCGAGUGGCGACGCCUUCCCCAGCAGCGACGAGGACAACGAAGCCAACAUAAAGUGGGGGUCGGUCGAGAAUCCGCACGCGACCAUCAUGCAGCAUCAGAGAAUCAAGAGCCGCGAGGGCAUGCUUAAAUCCUUCGCCGGAGAUGGCGCCUCGACGCCGUCGUCGUCGUCAUCGCCCGAGGUCUCGGAGGGAGAGUCGCCCAAGCUCCAGCGCGCCACGAGCGUCAGCCUCAACAGGGGCAAUGCCAGACGUGUGAGCGCGGGGAGCGCAAGGGUGUUGGACAUGUCGUCUCCCCGCUCGAGCAUCGACCAGAGAGGGGGGGAGCACUAA